AUGGCUGGCAUAAAAUUCAGCCUGUAUACAUGGACCGAUCCAAAGGCUCCAGCAUCUCCUGUUGCCGAUCCCAAGUAUCUUAAACCUCUCCAAAGCGCGGCAGCAAAGGUUCUCCCAGUCUAUGCAGACCUCAUGCAAACCAAGGUCAAGACAGUCAGAGUCUAUCUCACAGAAGAAGAUGGUACCAGGCGUGGAGCGACUGAUUAUCAUGAAUCGAACCCAACCAUUUGCAGCGUUCGAGUCAUUGGCUCUGGAGACGGACCGUCAAGCGACAUCGAAUCAGUUCAGCAAGCCCUAGCUCACGAGUUGUAUCAUUGCGUCCAAAGAACUUUCGAUAUGGAAAAGCCGGUCCAAGACGACUCACUUCCAAACAACUGGUGGUUCGAAGGGUCUGCAGAGUACUUUGGCAAUUUCUUCUUCCCGGACACGAAACCAGACCACAUGCAGAAAUAUGAUCCAGCGUCACCACUCUACAACCAAAAGCAUGACUUCGGCUAUCCAGGCAGUCUCUUCUUUCAGCACCUCUCCAACAUCUUCACCUCGAACAAGGAAAUCCAUGACUGGGUUGUUUCGCGCAGGGGCACGAUCAGUAGUACACUUCAGAACGAGCGGCAGUGGCUUUCUUCAGACUCCUUCAUUACCAAGCCGUUCCCCAGCUUUGCGACGGCGUUCAAGGAUGAUCUGAUCUUGUACAGCGAUGGUGAACCGGUCCCUCGUGACUUCAAAGUAAAUUUGCAUACAGCGGCAUCCACUCUUUCAGAUGAGCCGGGCGUCUACGACGCCGAGACCUAUACAUGUCCUUGGACCAUUUGGGAAACACUGGACGUCGCGCUCCCUGAAAAACGGGACAUCUCUUUCAAGUAUACAGUGCCCAGCGGACAGGGCUCGAACGUGGUCCUGCAGUACUCCAAAGACGGGGAGAAGUCGUGGAAAACCGCCGGCAAAGGAGCAACUGUCAAAGUCGACUGUGGCAGCAAGAAGUACACCUUCCUCGCAACCUCGACCGGGAACGGCGAUGUCAAGACCCCCGUUCCUGUGACAAUCGAGUUCACGGUCAAGAAGAAGAAGAAGGGCUCCAAUAAGCAUAAAGCGAAACGUGAUGAGACUGACGGCGAUCCGUCUCCGAAUGAAGGCCUGGAAUACAAUCCCCGACGGCUCCGAGCGGCUGACACACCGCCCCGUGAGAUCAUUGUCGUAUCUCUCGACGACGACGAUGGAGAUGACGAUGACGAUGACGAUGACGAAGGCGACAGCUGUUCGACUGACAAGUGCAUUGUCGGGGACUGGAAUCUCGAUGUCCCGAGCAUGCAAGCCUUUCUCUCGGAACAACUGUCGGCCUCGGACGUGGCGAUCUCCAACGUCGCCGUGACGGGCUCCUCGAGUUUUAGUGUUAAGAAGGAUCUCUCGAGCGCCAUGACCUUCAAAGGCCUUGACAUUGCCUACGACGGCAGCGCCAGCGGGUACGGCUUCCACACACUCAUCGACAUCACCGGCUCAGUGGACGGGACCUUGAAGCUCGGGAAGACCGCCGCUGGCGGCGACAGCUUCACGUGGACCAACGUAAAGUCGCAGGGUCUGGCCAAGACGACGACGACGAUCGCAGGCUUCGACGAUCCGACCGAACUCGACAUCUCACUGGAUCAGCAGUACGGCUCGGACACACAGGUCCACUAUACCUGUACCGACAAAACGUUGCAAAUGUCCGGCUACGUGGACUCGAAGUUUACGUGGGCGUAUACGUGGACGAGGGAGACUGUGGAGUAA